UAACAUCACCAUAAUGUCCGGUGUCUCGGAGAACUCAAGCGCCGUCCAAACUGUCGACACAACUGUACAGUCUAAAGACUCCAUCAUCGAAGACAUCUGUAACAGGUUUAUCGCGCCUGUCAUCUGUGCCAUCGGAAUUGUAGGAAAUAUCAUCAACUAUGUCGUCCUUUCAAACAGAAGAUUGAAAAAGGGUUCCUAUAUGUAUCUGAAGGCAUUAACUCACUUUGACCUUAUGGCGCUGUUAUUUUCAAUUCCAUACAUGUUGUUUGGUGUUAGGAGCACAGAUUAUUUCUGGGUAUGGUAUUCGCUGUAUAUUUUCCUGCCUACAGUGAAUUUUUUUACUACAUGUAGUAUAUGGAUUACGGUGGUUAUAGGGAUAGACAGAUUUUUCUUUGUGAGGAAUCCAAAAUGGUCAAGGCGCAGCAAGUCCUGGAAAUUAAAAACACAAAUCAAAAUUUCUGCAGUGAUUAUUUUUGCGACCAUAAUUUGCAUUCCAAAAUUUUUCUGCUACGAAAUUCACGAAGAAGGAAAUACGAGGGUUGUCCGAAAAGUUCGAGUAUCUGAAUUUCGUAUGAGUCUGUUUUACCAUUACAUGGAAAUAUUUUCCACCGGCGCACUUCACUUUGUUCCGUUAAUUAUCCUGUCUGUGGUCAAUGUAUACUUGGUAAUGAAACUUCAGUCUUCGGGAAAAGUUAGAAAAAUGAAUUCCAACACAUAUCAUGAAAUCGAGUUGCGGAGGUCGCAGAGGAUUUUCACAGUAACUCUCGUCAGUAUCGUCAUCUUCUCGAUUAUGUUUAUACUUCCGGCAUCCAUUGUCGACAUUUUUUGGUACGUUGAUGAAAACUUUCCACAUGUAAGAAGCAUGAGAAACAUUUCAAAUCUAUUGCUGUGGUGCAAUCUUUCCAUCAACUGCUUUUUAUACUGUAUAUUUAAUAGACAGUAUCUUCAAGUGUUUAAGUAUGUAGUAGACAGAGGAUGUGACCGAGUAAGACGCUCACCUUCAAGGUCCACAGAAAUACAAAUGGCAUAAAGAGAAUCAAAGGAACUAAUUACACAUUUUACUAUAAACUUUUUCCCGCUUUGCUGGACAUGGCAAGGAACACAAGGCGGCUUUGACCCGUCGAGAGGGAAUGCUUUCUUGUCCUUGACACCC